AUGACUGACGCACAUCACUUAGAGGACGCUGAGGCUCAAAAUCUAAUAAAGCUCUUUUCAGAUGCUAUACUACGACAAAAGAGCGGUAACUUUCCCAAAUUAAAGACUUCGAGCGAUGGUUUCGUCUUUCCCUCGACGGACGGCAUCACUUCAAAUAGAGGUCACAAACUGUUACAGAACUCAGAAGGAGUUAGUCGAACUUCUUUGAGAAACCUGUCAGGUAACCGUGAAGAACAAGUAUUUUACAAUGGAUCUGUGCAUAAGCUGCUAGCCCGAAACAGACAAUGUGAUGAUGAUGAUGAUAAUGAUGGGGGGUUUAGCAUCAAUUUACAUGAACUCGUCAAUGUGAGGAAAAUCUUGGCGCCCAUAUCAUCAUUGGAGGAUGUGGCCAAACACCCAGCUAUAUCGAGAACGUUCAAAAAUAAGGUCUUGGGUGAAUUGGCUCUGCAGGCGGUGCUGAUGAUGGAAAAAGAACAAAACAACGUUGUGGCGCUUUCAAGACUACUUGAAGCUUUCUUGGGCGACUAUCCAGGACCCUUGCUAGAGGAUACUUUGAAAUUGAAGGAAUAUGAUCACAACCUGAAACUGCAUGACGAUACUGAUGACAAUCAAGUAGUUCAACCUUCCGAUCACGAGAGAGAGGAUACAAAUGUCGAUCCUUUCUUUGCAUUACCUCAACUCUACCCAUCCAAUGCCUUACCAUCGGUGAUUUCGGACACCCAAGAUGAAGCAAUCGAGCAAGUCGAGGCCGCAAGACAACUGGCUCAGAUAGCACUACAACGAAAUCAAGAAUUUAUCAGAAAUCUGCAAAAAAUUCGAAAUUGCAUUGUUAAGGCGGAACGCAUCAAGGAUCGUAUAUCUAUGUGGGGCCGCGAGUAUGCAGGAAUUCCUGAAGAAGGCGUCACAAUCCCAAGCGCACUUCAUCUUGUGAAACGAGGUUUAAUCAGCGCUACUACAAAUAAGACUAUGAUGGAGGAACAAAUUGAAGAUGAACCGGAAGAAGACCUUAUUUAA